AUGGCAGACUUCCUGUUACCUCGGGGCACCAGCAGCUUCCGCAGGUUCACCCGGGAGUCUCUGGCGGCCAUCGAGAAGCGCAUGGCGGAGAAGCAGGCCCGAGGCUCGGCUCCGUCGCAGGAGAGCCGCGACGGGCUGCCCGAGGAGGAGGCUCGGCCCCAGCUGGACCUGCAGGCCUCCAAAAAGCUGCCUGAUCUCUAUGGCAACCCACCCCGAGAGCUCAUCGGAGAGCCCCUGGAGGACCUGGACCCCUUCUACAGCACCCAGAAGACCUUCAUCGUGCUGAACAAAGGCAAGACCAUCUUCCGGUUCAGUGCCACCAGCCUGUACAUCCUUAGCCCCUUCCACCCGAUCCGGAGAGCGGCCGUGAAGAUUCUGGUUCAUUCUCUCUUCAGCAUGCUCAUCAUGUGCACCAUCCUGACCAACUGCGUGUUUAUGGCCCAGCACGACCCUCCGCCCUGGACCAAAUACGUCGAGUAUACCUUCACUGCCAUCUACACCUUUGAGUCUCUGGUCAAGAUUCUGGCUCGGGGCUUCUGCCUGCACGCGUUCACCUUCCUUCGGGACCCGUGGAACUGGCUGGACUUCAGCGUGAUCAUCAUGGCAUACACCACUGAAUUUGUGGACCUGGGCAAUGUCUCAGCUUUACGUACCUUCCGAGUCCUCCGGGCCCUGAAAACUAUAUCAGUCAUUUCAGGCCUGAAGACCAUCGUGGGGGCGCUGAUCCAGUCUGUGAAGAAGCUGGCUGACGUGAUGGUUCUCACAGUCUUCUGCCUCAGCGUCUUCGCCCUCAUCGGCCUGCAGCUCUUCAUGGGCAACCUGCGGCACAAGUGCGUUCGCAACUUCACGGUGCUCAAUGGUACCAAUGGCACCGACGGCACCGUGGAGGCCGACGGCCUGCUCUGGAAAUCGCUGGACCACUACCUCAAUGACCCAGAAAAUUACCUGCUCAAAAAUGGCACCUCCGAUGUGUUACUGUGUGGGAAUAGCUCCGACGCUGGGACAUGUCCCGAGGGCUACCGGUGCCUAAAGGCAGGCGAGAACCCUGACCACGGCUACACCAGCUUCGACUCCUUCGCCUGGGCCUUCCUCGCACUCUUCCGACUGAUGACGCAGGACUGCUGGGAGCGCCUCUACCAGCAGACCCUGAGGUCCGCAGGGAAGAUCUACAUGAUCUUCUUCAUGCUUGUCAUCUUCCUGGGCUCCUUCUACCUGGUGAACUUGAUCCUGGCUGUGGUCGCCAUGGCUUACGAGGAGCAAAACCAAGCCACCAUUGCUGAGACGGAGGAGAAGGAGAAGCGAUUUCAGGAAGCCAUGGAGAUGCUCAAGAAAGAGCAUGAGGCCCUCACCAUCAGGGGUGUGGACACCGUGUCUCGCAGCUCCUUGGAAAUGUCUCCUUUGGCCCCAGUAACCUCCCAUGAGAGAAGGAGCAAGAGGAGAAAACGAAUGUCUUCAGGAACAGAGGAGUGUGGGGAUGACCGGUUCCCCAAGUCUGACUCAGAGGAUGGUCCCAGAGCAAUGAAUCGCUUCAGCAUCACCCAGGGACUCAGCAGGACCUCCAUGAAGCCUCGCUCCAGCCGAGGGAGCAUUUUCACCUUCCGCCGGCGAGACCUGGGUUCCGAAACAGAUUUUGCGGAUGAUGAAAACAGCACAGCAGGGGACAGCGAGAGCCACCGCACGUCUCUGCUGGUGCCUUGGCCCCUGCGCCGGCCUAGUGUCCAGGGACAGCCCAGUCCCGGAGCCUCAACUCCAGGUCACGUCCUCAAUGGCAAAAGGAACAGCACUGUGGACUGCAAUGGGGUGGUCUCCUUGCUGGGGGCAGGCGACCCUGAGGCCACCUCCCCAGGGAGCCGCCUCCUCCGCCCUACAAUGCUGGAGCGGCCUCCGGACACGACCACACCAUCGGAGGAGCCAGGCAGGCCGCAGACGCUGACUCCCCAGGCUCCAUGUGUAGAUGGCUUCGAGGAGCCAGGAGAGCGACAGCGAGCCCUCAGCGCAGUCAGUGUCCUCACCAGCGUACUGGAAGAGUUGGAGGAAUCUCACCGCAAGUGUCCACCAUGCUGGAACCGCUUUGCCCAGCGCUACCUGAUCUGGGAGUGCUGCCCAUUGUGGAUGUCCAUCAAGCAGAAAGUGAAGUUCAUGGUUAUGGACCCAUUCGCCGACCUCACCAUCACCAUGUGCAUCGUGCUUAACACGCUCUUCAUGGCACUAGAGCAUUACAACAUGACAACUGAAUUCGAGGAGAUGCUGCAGGUUGGAAACCUGGUCUUCACAGGGAUCUUCACAGCCGAGAUGACCUUCAAGAUCAUCGCCCUGGACCCCUACUACUACUUCCAGCAGGGCUGGAACAUCUUCGACAGCAUCAUCGUCAUCCUCAGCCUCAUGGAGCUCGGCCUGUCCCGCAUGGGCAACCUGUCAGUGCUUCGUUCCUUCCGCCUGCUUCGGGUCUUCAAGCUUGCCAAAUCCUGGCCCACCCUGAACACACUCAUCAAGAUCAUUGGGAACUCAGUUGGGGCGCUGGGCAACCUGACACUGGUGCUGGCCAUCAUCGUGUUCAUCUUCGCUGUGGUGGGCAUGCAACUCUUUGGCAAGAACUACUCAGAGCUGAGGCACCGCAUCAGCGACUCGGGCCUGUUGCCCCGCUGGCACAUGAUGGACUUCUUCCAUGCCUUUCUCAUCAUCUUCCGCAUCCUCUGUGGCGAGUGGAUCGAGACCAUGUGGGACUGCAUGGAGGUGUCUGGACAGUCACUGUGUCUGCUGGUCUUCUUGCUUGUUAUGGUCAUCGGCAACCUUGUGGUCCUGAACCUCUUCUUGGCUUUGCUGCUCAGCUCCUUCAGUGCAGACAACCUCACGGCCCCCGAUGAGGACGGGGAGAUGAACAACCUCCAGCUGGCCCUGGCCCGCAUCCAACGGGGCCUGCGCUUCAUCAAGCGGACCACCUGGGACUUCUGCUGUGGGCUUCUGCAGCGGCGGCCUCAGAAGCCCGCGGCCCUCGCCACCCAGGGCCAGCUGCCCAGCUGCAUCGCCACCUCCAGCCCUCCACCACCCCCAGAAGCAGAGAAGGCACCACCGGCCCGCAAGGAGACACGGUUUGAGGAAGGCCAACGGCCAGGCCAGGGCACACCCGGGGAUCCAGAGCCCGUGUGUGUGCCCAUUGCCAUGGCCGAGUCUGACACAGAUGACCCAGAGGAAGAUGAGAACAGCCUGAGCACAGAGGAAGAAUCCAGCAAGCAGCAGGAAUCCCAGCCUGUGUCCGGUGGCCCAGAGGCCCUCGCAGAGCCCAGGGCCUGGAGCCAGGUAUCAGAGACCACCUCCUCCGGGGCCGAGGCCAGUGCAACUCGGGCAGACUUGCGGCAGCAGCGGAGAGCAGAGGCCUCGGCCCCAGGGUUCAGUGAGACACACGAGGACAGCUACUCUGAAGGGAGCACAGCAGACAUGACCAACACUGCGGACCUCCUGGAGCAGAUUCCUGACCUCGGAGAGGAUGUCAAGGAUCCAGAAGACUGCUUCACUGAAGGCUGUGUCCGACGCUGUCCCUGCUGCACUGUGGACACCACGCAGGCCCCAGGGAAGGUCUGGUGGAGGCUGCGCAAGACCUGCUACCGCAUCGUGGAACACAGCUGGUUCGAGACGUUCAUCAUCUUCAUGAUCCUGCUCAGCAGUGGAGCGCUGGCCUUCGAGGACAUCUACCUGGAGGAGCGGAGGACCAUCAAGGUCCUGCUGGAAUACGCUGACAAGAUGUUCACCUACGUCUUCGUGCUGGAGAUGCUGCUCAAGUGGGUGGCCUAUGGCUUCAAGAAGUACUUCACCAACGCCUGGUGCUGGCUUGACUUCCUCAUCGUGGACGUCUCGCUGAUCAGCCUGGUGGCCAACGCACUGGGCUUUGCUGAGAUGGGCCCCAUCAAGUCGCUGCGGACCUUGCGUGCACUCCGACCCCUGCGAGCCCUGUCACGCUUUGAGGGCAUGCGGGUUGUGGUCAAUGCCCUGGUGGGCGCCAUCCCGUCCAUCAUGAACGUCCUCCUUGUCUGCCUCAUCUUCUGGCUCAUCUUCAGCAUCAUGGGCGUGAACCUCUUCGCGGGCAAGUUUGGGAGAUGCAUCAACCAGACUGAGGGAGACCUGCCCUUGAACUACACCAUCGUGAACAACAAGAGCGACUGCGAGUCUUUCAACGUGACUGGAGAAUUGUACUGGACGAAGGUGAAAGUCAACUUUGACAACGUGGGGGCCGGGUACCUGGCCCUUCUGCAGGUGGCAACGUUUAAAGGCUGGAUGGACAUCAUGUAUGCAGCUGUGGAUUCCAGGGGGUUAGAGGAGCAGCCCCAGUGGGAAUACAACCUCUACAUGUACAUCUACUUCGUCGUUUUCAUCAUCUUUGGGUCUUUCUUCACCCUGAACCUUUUCAUCGGUGUCAUCAUUGACAACUUCAACCAACAGAAGAAAAAGUUAGGGGGCCAGGACAUCUUCAUGACAGAGGAGCAGAAGAAGUACUACAACGCCAUGAAGAAGCUGGGCUCCAAGAAGCCCCAGAAACCCAUCCCACGGCCCCUGAACAAAUACCAGGGCUUCAUGUUCGACAUUGUGACCAAGCAGGCCUUCGAUGUCACCAUCAUGUUUCUCAUCUGCUUGAACAUGGUGACCAUGAUGGUGGAGACAGAUGACCAGAGCCCUGAGAAGGUCAACAUCUUGGCCAAGAUCAACCUGCUUUUUGUCGCCAUCUUCACAGGCGAGUGUAUUGUCAAGAUAGCUGCCCUGCGCCACUACUACUUCACCAACAGCUGGAACAUCUUCGACUUCGUGGUUGUCAUCCUCUCCAUUGUGGGCACUGUGCUCUCAGACAUCAUCCAGAAGUACUUCUUCUCCCCGACGCUCUUCCGAGUCAUCCGCCUGGCCCGAAUCGGCCGCAUCCUCAGGCUGAUCCGCGGGGCCAAGGGCAUCCGCACACUGCUCUUUGCCCUCAUGAUGUCCCUGCCCGCCCUCUUCAACAUCGGGCUGCUGCUCUUCCUCGUCAUGUUCAUCUACUCCAUCUUCGGCAUGGCCAACUUCGCCUACGUCAAGUGGGAGGCUGGCAUCGACGACAUGUUCAACUUCCAGACCUUCGCCAACAGCAUGCUGUGCCUCUUCCAGAUCACCACGUCGGCGGGCUGGGACGGCCUCCUGAGCCCCAUCCUCAACACGGGGCCGCCCUACUGCGACCCUCACCUGCCCAACAGCAACGGCUCCCGGGGGAACUGCGGGAGCCCCGCCGUGGGCAUCCUCUUCUUCACCACCUACAUCAUCAUCUCCUUCCUCAUCGUGGUCAACAUGUACAUCGCCAUCAUCCUGGAGAACUUCAGCGUGGCCACGGAGGAGAGCACGGAGCCCCUGAGCGAGGACGACUUCGACAUGUUCUAUGAGAUCUGGGAGAAGUUUGACCCCGAGGCCACCCAGUUCAUCGAGUAUUCAGCCCUGUCCGACUUUGCCGACGCCCUGUCUGAGCCGCUCCGAAUCGCCAAGCCCAACCAGAUAAGCCUCAUCAAUAUGGACCUGCCCAUGGUGAGUGGGGACCGUAUCCACUGCAUGGACAUCCUCUUUGCCUUCACCAAGAGGGUGCUGGGUGAGUCUGGGGAGAUGGAUGCCCUGAAGAUCCAGAUGGAGGAGAAAUUCAUGGCAGCCAACCCGUCCAAGAUCUCCUACGAGCCCAUCACCACCACGCUGCGGCGCAAGCAUGAGGAGGUGUCUGCCACGAUCAUCCAGCGGGCCUUCCGCAGGCACCUGCUGCAGCGCUCCGUGAAGCACGCCUCCUUCCUCUACCGCCAGCAGGCGGGCGGCAGUGGCCUCUCCGAGGAAGACGCCCCAGAGCAGGAGGGCCUCAUUGCCUAUAUGAUGAAUGAGAACUUCUCCCAGCGCCUGGGCCCGCCCUCCAGCUCCUCCAUCUCCUCCACGUCCUUCCCACCCUCCUACGACAGCGUCACCAGGGCCACCAGCGAUAACCCCCAGGUGCGGGCGUCUGACUACAGCCACAGCGAGGAUCUCGCGGAUUUCCCCCCAUCCCCGGACAGAGACCGCGAGUCUGUCGUGUGAGCGCCCUGGUGGCCAGCACACAGCUUGAUGGCAAACCCGCCUGCAGCUCCAGACCAGCAGCUGCUGUGCCCCUCCUUGCUUGGGACUGCAGGAGUGAGAGGAGCCUCGGGCCCUUGCACCGACAAGGUGGAGUCCCAUACGCCCUGCACCGCGCUGACAGCUAGAAGCAGUCGGCCAAGCUGACCGUUCAAGGUGGCCAGUCUCUAAGACGCCCCACGCGUCCCAGUACUGGUGGCCGGGUCUGGCUCCACAAUGCCUGGAGCUUGGACAAGCAACUCCAUUCCCAGCUGCUGAGACAAAUACAAAACCGAGACUGUACAUGUUGUGAAUGGCUUUCAUAAAUUUAUUAUAUUUGAUAUUUUUUUACUUGAGCAAAAACUAACAUUUUUUUUUUCCAUGGACGUAUUGGUAGCAAUUCACACUGCCUCCACUUAACUCUGAACAAGCGUGUCUCUGGAGCCGCUGGAACUCUGUUGUCAAAGCGGAAGUGAAACCCAGCGUGGGUCCCACAGGCCUUCGCUGCCCGGGGGGCAGAGAAGGGCUCCCCUGCCGCUUGGGCAGAGGUGCCGAGAGGGCCGAGCCCCUUCCGGUACACACGUGUGCACACACUCACUCACAGGCUGCCCGUGGCCCGGGCUCCCCCGAGGAGAGCGCCAGCUGGCCUCUUCCGCCCCGGCCUGAGGGGACAGGCCCUUCCUCCCGGCCCUCACGAGUGGGAUUCUUGACAGCCGGGGCUCACUCUGGCCUUCUGUGGUCCCCAAGAUGCCGUUUUAUUUCUGUAUUUUUAUUCAGGCCACCCUGGGGUCAGUUCUAUGAAAACAAGCUUCCAGAAGAGAGUGGCCCAGGUUCCAAAGCUGGUCCUUGGCAUUGAUGUUGCCUUUCUUCCCUAGAGAGCUUGGCCUCUGUUAGAGUAUUACUGAUCAACGAAGGGUCUGAGGGAGGCAGGCCUACUUACAUCCCGCAGCCCAACCUGCCCGGCCCUGCCCCACAGGCCAGGAAGAGGAAGCUGAGCCCACGGGGUUGGGGCUAAGAAACUCAAACAGCCCUCGCACGGUGGCCCCAGCCCACAUGGAGAAAGGGAUCUGCUGUCAUCACCCAGCCUCCCUCUCUAGACCUUUCUGCCUCUGACCAUGGGUGAGUAGAUGCCCCUGUGGUCCCAAGCCCCUCUCCAGAUACAAAUAUGGGGGCCUGGGAGUGGGGAGGGCAGCUUGGGCCCUGUGCAGAGAAGGGGCCUCAGAAGUUCAGGCCCAGUUCCUGUGCCCUGAAAAGGGAGUGGUGUGACCCUGGACCAGCCCCUCUGGCUCAGCCCAGGGUCCUGGAGGCACCCACACGCAGGACCUCCUGGGGCGGAGUCCAGGCUGCCUACAGGUCUUGUGAGCAGACCUUUUCAGGGAAAAAUAUUUUUUUCUAGUCCAAUCACCCCCCAGGGCCUCUUGAGCUGGUGACAAUCCUUUUUAGCAUAUGCAAAUCCUUUAAUGUAGAGAACUGUCACCCUGAGAGUGACAGCAGUGGCUGGUGGAGCCUGAGCAGGCAGGGGCUCAGCUGCCCAACUCUGCUCUCCAGCAAAGCCGCCCUCCACCUGGCGGCCACCUCACAGGCCGCCUCUCGGGGCAGCCCAGGAAGCCAGACGCUGGCUGUCCUAACCUACCUCGCCGAGCCAUCGGGAGGCUGGCCGUGGGGAGCUGGGACACCACUGGUGAGUCAAGUAUUACGUUUCUUCUUGUCACCUGUGUUCCCUUGGUGGCACCCCCCUCCCCCCCCAAUAAUUUGUUCCCUUUGAGUCCACUGUGGGACAAGGUUUUAACUGUCCCAACCACACUUCUCCGAGUGGAAAUCUUAUUUUUGUAGCUCUCUGUGCUGUGCUCUCAAGGCUUGGAGAGGUGUGUGCCCUCCCUGGCACCCUGCGCUACUGCACAGGUGGGAACGAGGCUGGGAGGCCAGCCGAGCUGCAGGCCCAGCUGACCUGCAGGAGACUGGGGUUUAAUGUGUGGAGACAGCCUAGGAACUGAGGCAGGUGCCUGGGAUCAGCCACUCAUGGACACUGCUGGCUGCAGACUGUGUGGCUGGGGGCAAGGCCAAGCUAGACCUGAUUCCUUAGCUCUGAGAGUGGCUCUUAUUGCUUUUUUCUGGAAUUGCACAGUGACCAACAGGAGGGGAGAAGGGGGGGGAACAGGAGGGAGGGACAAGCACCAAGUGCCAGCCACUGUCUGUACUACUCGAGCACUUCUCACCAAACUUCGUGCAUAAAUAAGAUACAUAUUUUUAAAACAAACCAAUAAAUGGCUUAAAUCAC